GCCAAGAUGGCUGACAGCAUCCCGUUAAAUCCGGUGCGGAUGAACUCGAAGAGAAUUCCAUAUUACAAUUCAGCCAGAUUUUCAAGACUGGACGAGGAUGAGCUAAUAAAGCCUUCAGGGUGAGGAAUGGACAAGAAUAGGCGCAUACCCAGAUUCUCAGUAGAAGAUGAGUCGUCCAACUUGGACGAAAUGCCUCUGAUGAUGUCGGAGGAAGGCUUUGAGAAUGACGAGAGCGACUACCAGACGUUGCCCCGGGCCCGGAUCAACCAGAGACAGAGAGGCCUGGGCUGGUUCCUCUUCGGGGGCUGGAAGGUCCUCUGUGGCAGCUGCUGUGACUGCCUGGCUCAUGUCUGUCGGAGGAAGAAGGAGCUGAAGGCCAGGACCGUUUGGCUCGGCUGCCCGGAGAAAUGUGAAGAAAAGUUCCCAAAGAACGGCAUCAAAAACCAGAAGUACAACAUCUUCACCUUUGUGCCUGGGGUUCUCUACCAGCAGUUCAAGUUCUUCCUCAACCUGUAUUUCCUGGUGGUGGCGUGUUCCCAGUUUGUGCCAUCGCUGAAAAUCGGCUAUUUGUACACGUACUGGGCUCCACUGGGGUUCGUGUUGGCCGUGACGAUGGUGCGUGAGGCUGUGGACGAAGUGCGACGCUGUCAGCGGGACAAAGAGAUGAACUCUCAGCUCUACAGCAAACUCACAGUGCGAGGUAAAAUUCAAGUAAAAAGUUCAGACAUACAAGUUGGAGACCUGAUAAUCGUGGAGAAGAACCAGCGGGUUCCUGCCGACAUGAUAUUCCUGAGAACAUCCGAGAAAACUGGGGCGUGUUUCAUCAGGACGGAUCAGCUGGACGGAGAAACCGACUGGAAGCUGAAAGUCGCCGUCGGCUGCACGCAGCGACUACCGGCCGUGGGGGACCUGUUCUCCAUCAAAGCCUACGUCUACGCCCAGAGGCCUCAGCUGGACAUCCACAGUUUCGAGGGGAACUUCACCAGGGAAGACGCCGACCCGCAGAUCCACGAGAGUCUGAGCAUUGAAAACACUCUUUGGGCCAGCACGGUCGUUGCAUCCGGAACCGUGAUAGGGGUGGUGAUCUACACGGGCAAGGAGACCCGAAGCGUUCUCAACACGUCCUACGCCAAGAACAAGGUUGGCCUUCUGGACCUGGAGCUGAACCGCCUCACCAAAGCCCUGUUUCUGGCCCAGGUGGUCCUGUCUGUUGUCAUGGUGGCUCUGCAGGGGUUUGUGGGUCCGUGGUUUCGAAACCUGUUCCGGUUUGUUGUGCUUUUCUCCUACAUCAUCCCCAUCAGUUUGCGGGUGAACCUGGACAUGGGGAAGUCGGCUUAUGGCUGGAUGAUCAUGAAAGACGAGAACAUCCCCGGCACUGUUGUCAGAACCAGCACCAUCCCAGAGGAACUGGGCCGACUGGUCUACCUGCUGACAGAUAAGACCGGAACGCUGACACAGAAUGAGAUGAUAUUCAAGCGGCUGCAUCUGGGAACCGUCUCCUACGGCACCGACACCAUGGACGAGAUCCAGAGUCACAUAAUCCAGUCAUAUGCACAGGGCACCUCUCAGCCGUCCGGUGGGAGUUCAGGCGCUGGUGGCGCCACGGCGAUGCGGAAGACUCAAACAUCAGGUCCAAAAGUCCGUAAGAGUGUCAGCAGCCGCAUCCACGAAGCCGUGAAAGCCAUCGCCCUGUGCCACAACGUCACGCCCGUCUACGAGUCGCACGCCAGCGUGAACGGAGAGACGGAGUCUGCAGAGGCCGACCAGGACUUCAGCGACGACAACCGCACGUACCAGGCCUCGAGUCCAGAUGAGGUUGCUCUGGUUCGCUGGACGGAGAGCGUCGGCCUGACCCUAGUGAACAGAGACCUGACCUCUCUGCAGCUGAAGACUCCGUCCGGACAGAUCCUCUCCUUCUACAUCCUGCAGAUCUUCCCCUUCACCUCCGAGAGCAAAAGGAUGGGCAUCAUCGUCCGGGAGGAGUCAACAGGUGACAUCACUUUCUACAUGAAGGGUGCUGAUGUUGCCAUGGCGAGCAUUGUGCAGUAUAACGACUGGCUGGAAGAAGAGUGCGGGAACAUGGCCAGAGAAGGUCUGAGGACUCUGGUGGUGGCCAAGAAGUCUCUGUCCGAGGAGCAGUAUCAGGACUUUGAGAAUCGCUACAACCAGGCGAAGCUGAGCAUCCAUGACCGAGCCCUGAAGGUGGCAGCAGUGGUGGAGAGUCUGGAGAGGGAGAUGGAGCUCCUGUGUCUGACCGGCGUGGAAGACCAGCUCCAAGCAGACGUCAGGCCCACGUUGGAGCUGCUGAGGAAUGCUGGCAUUAAGAUCUGGAUGUUAACGGGGGACAAGCUCGAGACGGCCACAUGCAUCGCGAAAAGCUCUCAUCUGGUCUCCAGGAACCAGGACAUCCACGUCUUCAGACCGGUCUCGAACCGAGGAGAGGCCCAUCUGGAGCUCAACGCCUUCAGAAGGAAACAUGACUGUGCUCUGGUCAUCUCUGGAGACUCUUUAGAGGUGUGUUUGGGGUACUAUGAACAUGAGUUUGUGGAGCUGGCCUGUCAGUGUCCAGCGGUUGUCUGCUGUCGUUGCUCCCCGACUCAGAAGGCCCAGAUCGUCAGACUCCUGCAGCAGCACACCGCCAACAGAACCUGCGCCAUCGGUGAUGGAGGAAAUGACGUUAGCAUGAUCCAGGCUGCAGACUGUGGGAUUGGGAUUGAAGGAAAGGAAGGGAAGCAGGCGUCGCUGGCUGCAGAUUUCUCCAUCACCCAGUUUAAGCACAUCGGUCGCCUGCUCAUGGUUCACGGCAGGAACAGCUACAAGCGCUCGGCGGCACUUGGUCAGUUUGUGAUGCACAGAGGAAUGAUCAUCUCCACCAUGCAGGCUGUCUUCUCCUCCAUCUUCUACUUUGCCUCUGUGCCGCUGUACCAGGGCUUCCUCAUGGUCGGGUACGCCACCAUCUACACCAUGUUUCCUGUCUUCUCUCUGGUUCUGGACCAAGACGUGAAGCCGGAGAUGGCGCUGCUCUACCCAGAGCUUUACAAAGACCUCACCAAGGGCCGUUCGUUGUCUUUCAAAACCUUCCUCGUUUGGGUUUUGAUCAGCAUCUAUCAAGGGGGCAUCCUGAUGUACGGCGCGCUGGUGCUGUUUGAGUCGGAGUUCGUGCACGUGGUGGCCAUCUCCUUCACGGCGCUCAUCCUGACCGAGCUGCUGAUGGUGGCUCUGACGGUCCGUACGUGGCACUGGCUCAUGGUGGGGGCUGAGUUCUUCAGCCUGGCCUGCUACCUCGCCUCCCUCGCCUUCCUCAGCGAGUAUUUUGGCAUAGGCAGGGUGUCGUUUGGAGCUUUCCUCGACUUCUCCUACAUCACCACUUGGCCUUUCCUGUGGAAGGUGUCCGCCAUCACGCUCGUCAGCUGUCUUCCUCUCUACAUAAUCAAGUACCUGAAGCGCAAGUUUUCCCCUCCGAGCUACUCCAAACUGUCCUCGUGACAAACUGGGACGACUGGUUAGUUCUGCAGCUCUGCACUGCUUUGAUUUUUUAUUGUCAGCACUUUUUUUUAUAUUUUACUCACUGGUCUUCAGUGCUGGACAGGUGGAGGAACCACUGGAACAAUCACAAACUGAGAGAAAAGAGUUUUGGGGGUUUUUGUCGCUGCAUCUUUGGGUUUACUUGAAGAAAAAACUCCUCCUGAAGAAGCGUCUGCAGGCAGAAGGUCGGAAACACUCGUUCUGUCGUAACGGCUCAACCUGCCUUUUGUUUCAAACCAGUGAGAAAAAUCAAGUCAUUUUUUACAGUUUCGAUGCAACACUUCCAAUGUUUAGGUUUUUUAACCAUGGUGUUCAGGGUGUUUUUUAAGUGUUACCUUUAUUAAAAGUGUUUAUGGCCUGCAUUUUGAACAAUGUUGAAUUACUGGAAGGGAUAAAUAAAUCACUUACUUUUAGGUUAUCCUGUGUUACUGUAAAUAAAGCCUUUACAUGCAGCGCUGACUGCUGCCAGCGUAAA